AUGGUUCUUCAAGACGAAGAUAAGAAUUUGACAUCGGUGCUGAACAACAAUGAACCGCUCUAUAUCUGCGAUACGGCCUUUUUGACCGCCUUGAAGCCAGAUGCGUUGUCCACCGAUGUCCAUUCUGUGCUGCUUUUCACAACAGUUAUGCUACUGGUGUUUCUGCCCUUUACAAUCUUACUCAAUAUUCUUGUGAUUGUAGCGGUAAACUCUACGCAUGAGCUUCGAACCACGUCAAACAUUCUGCUGGCGUGUUUAGCGACGACAGAUCUCUUGUUAGCUUUGACUAUUCAGCCGUGUUUUAUUGCGAUGGAAGUGUAUUUCAUUCAAGGAAGAAGUGUUGCUGAGUUUUGCGUGCUGGAGAAAGUAUCGGGCAUCUUUUUUACCAUGUUUUGCAGCAUAUCUCUGUUUCAUAUUGUAUUAAUAAGCUUAGAAAGAUUUUUGGCGAUCAAACAUCCCUUUUUCUACGAGAAUUACUCCUCUAAUAAGAUUUCGAUAAUCUCUUCUGUGAUAGUGUGGAUACUAGCCGUUAUUCCAGCACUCAAGGAUUUAAUAGACUCUAAAAAUGAUUUUGUUUCUGUUGUAUUUGUUGAUGUUCUUUCAGUAUGUAGUAUUCUAGUAAUUAUCGUAUGCCAUGUUACCAUUUAUUUCGAGGCUAGACGCCAUCAGAAACAAAUCGCUUCUCAGAAAAUUUCACGGAAAGCAAGGGAAAAAUUCGAGAAGGAUAGAAAAUCCUUAAAGACAACGACAAUAAUUGUUUUAACUGUUUUCUUUUGUAACUGCGUUUCGAUAUCAGUUAAUUUUUUCCUAAACGCUGUGACUGAAUUCAACACUGCCUACAUACUUUUCUUUUUAGCUAUGACAUUAACUUUACUCAAUUCUUUGGUGAAUCCUUUGAUCUACGCAGCGAGGAACAAGCGAGUUCGACUGGCAUUUGUCCACCAUCUGUUACGACAACAAAUUCAACAAACAGAUCAAAUGGAAAUACAAGUAAUUUGUUGCAGAAGCACGACAGUCAGGCCACAAGAAGGCGAAACGUCAGAGUUACCAUAACAACGUGA